GAAUUCCUGAAGGGGAAACCAGCGAGUGCACCUGUGAUACUUGAAGCGGUUCAGUCGCUGAAAGAUGUUAUCUCGCCGUCAGAAGGCACCACACACCCUGAGUACAGAGUCAGCUUGGCGGUCAGUUUCUUGUUCAGUUUCCUUUCUUCACUUAGUAACAACCUGAAUGAACCUGCAAAGUAUAUUGCUCCCAAUGGCUCAUGUGCCAAGUCAUCGCCUGAGAAGCAAGAUGAGGUUGCCAGCGAUGGCUUGCCAAUUCGCUCAAGGCAAGAACUGGUUUUCAAUGAUGAAUACGAACCUGUCGGCAAGCCAAUCACGAAAGCUGGGGCGGAGCUGCAAGCUUCUGGGGAGGCUGUGUAUGUUGAUGACAUCCCAGCUCCCAAGGAUUGUCUCUACGGAGCAUUUAUCUACAGCACACACCCUCAUGCCCAUAUAAAAGGUGUCAACUUCAAAUCAUCGUUGGCUUCCCAAAAGGUCAUCACGGUUAUCUCCGCAAAGGACAUUCCAGCUGGUGGAAGAAAUGUUGGAUCCGCCUUCCCGAUGCUAGGAGACGAAGCGCUUUUCGGUGAUCCGGUGUCUGAAUUUGCUGGUCAGAAUAUUGGCAUUGUGAUCGCUGAAACACAGAAGUACGCCUAUAUGGCAGCGAAGCAAGCCAUCAUUGAGUAUAGCACCGAGAAUCUUGAGCCGCCAAUUCUGACAAUAGAGGACGCCAUCCAACAUAAUAGCUACUUCCCUGUUCUCCCAUUUUUGGCUCCAAAGCCAGUUGGGGACUUUGACCAAGGGAUGUCUGAAGCGGAUCACAAGAUACUAUCAGGAGAGAUAAAACUUGAAUCACAGUACUACUUCUACAUGGAGACGCAGACCGCAUUGGCCAUCCCUGACGAAGAUAACUGCAUCACUGUCUACUCCUCGGCACAGCUACCCGAGAUCACGCAGAAUGUCGUCGCGGACUGUCUCGGCAUUCCGUACCACAAUGUUCGCAUAAUCACCAGAAGAGUUGGAGGCGGCUUUGGUGGAAAGGCAAUGAAAGGGUCCUAUGUCGCAUGUGCGUGUGCACUUGCAGCGUUCAAACUGCGGCGCCCUGUCAGGAUGUACCUCGACCGCAAGACCGACAUGAUCAUGGCAGGUGGGCGGCACCCGAUGAAGGUGAAAUACUCGGUUGGGUUCAAAUCGGACGGCACAGUCACGGCACUAUACGUCGACCUCAGGAUGAAUGCCGGGAUAUCACCAGACUUGAGCCCUUUGAUGCCGGGUUGCACCAUCGGUGCUUUGAAGAAGUACAACUGGGGUGCCCUUGCCUUCGACAUCAAGUUGUGCAAGACCAACGUCUCGUCAAAGUCCGCAAUGCGGGCGCCUGGCGAUGUGCAAGGCUCCUUCAUCGCGGAGGUCAUCAUCGAGCACGUCGCAUCCGUGCUUGCAGCCAACCCCAACGCCAUCCGUAGGACGAACCUCCACAGCGUUGAGAGCCUCACGAAAUUCUACGGUGAUGCCGCGGGGGACGCCCCCACGUACAGCCUCGUCGACAUCUUCGACAAGCUGGCCUCGUCGUCAGAGUACCGGAGCAGGGCGGAGGCAGUUGAAUGGUUCAAUGGCGGGAGCAGGUGGAGGAAGCGCGGCAUCUCGUGUGUGCCCAUCACCUACGAGGUGUCCCUUCGGCCGACGCCUGGGAAGGUGUCCAUCCUGAACGACGGCUCAAUCGCUGUGGAGGUCGGCGGCGUGGAGCUCGGGCAGGGGUUGUAUACCAAGGUGAAGCAGAUGACGGCGUUCGGGCUUGGGGAGCUCUGCCCUGACGCCGAUGGGCUGCUCGAUAAGGUGCGCGUGAUCCAGGUUGACUCACUGAGCAUGAUCCAGAGCGGGUUCACCGGCGGGAGCACCACCUCCGAGACCAGCUGUGAGGCGGUCCGGCAGUCGUGCACCGCGCUCGUCGAGCGUCUCAGGCCCAUCAAAGAGGGUCUCGAGGCCAAGUCCGGCGCAGCGGUGCCAUGGAGCUCCUUGAUCGCCCAGGUGAAAAUGGCGGGCCUGAACCUGUCGGCACAUGCCUUCUGGACACCCGACCCAGCCUUUGUAAAAUACCUCAACUACGGAGCCGCCGUCAGCGAGGUGGAAAUCGACGUUCUGACUGGAGCGACGACGAUCCUGAGGAGCGACCUCGUGUACGACUGCGGGCAGAGCCUGAACCCGGCGGUGGACCUUGGCCAGGUGGAGGGCGCAUUUGUGCAAGGGGUUGGGUUCUUCACAAACGAGGAGUACACGACGAACGCCGACGGGCUGGUGGUGAACGAUGGCACGUGGACGUACAAGAUCCCCACGGUGGACACCAUCCCAAAGCAGUUCAACGUGGAGCUCAUCAGCAGCGCGCGCGACAAGAAGCGGGUACUCUCCUCCAAGGCGUCCGGCGAGCCACCGCUGCUGCUGGCGGCAUCGGUGCACUGCGCCAUGCGGGAGGCCAUCAGAGCGGCUAGGAGGGAAUUCUCGGUCAACUCGCCACUGACAUUUCAGAUGGAUGUGCCGGCGACCAUGGCCGACGUCAAGGAGCUCUGUGGCCUCGACGUCGUCGAGAGGCACCUCCAGCGCCUCUGCUCCCCCGCCACCAAGGCCUGAUGAUACUUGCAUGUAAGUUGUGUAGAAACGUGAGACGAGCGGUUUGGGAUGCUGAACAAUGACUGCUUGUGUGCUGCUGUGUAUGUAUAUAGAAGAGAGGAGACAAUUCAGCUAUCGUCUGGACCAAAUCGGACCAAUUCCAUUCACUGUCAAAAGUUAGCUCGAGUUGCUAUGAGAGUUAUCUAUUUUGGAGUUGA